ACACUCCUUCUAUUCCCUAUAUAUAUAUAUAACUUUGCAUGCACAUCAUCACUCAUAUACUUCUCUUGGCUUCUUUUGCUUCCUUCUCUCUCUCUAUACAUAUUUGCCUCCUAUUUGCCAACCAAAUCAAAUUAAAGGAACCAUAAUUAAUAUGGGGAUUGAGGUACUUAUUAUUAAUAGUGUUCUCCUUAUAGGGUUUGCGGUUGCUGCAUCCGCAGGUAACUUCAACCAAGACUUUGAAAUUACAUGGGGUAAUGACCGUGCCAAAGUUCUCAACAACGGACAGCUUCUGACGCUGUCCCUUGACAAGGCCUCCGGCUCCGGCUUCCGUUCCCGGAACGAGUACCUGUUUGGAAAGAUCGACAUGCAGCUUAAACUUGUUCCUGGUAAUUCAGCAGGCACAGUCACAGCCUAUUAUCUAAGUUCACUUGGUGACACUCACGAUGAGAUAGACUUUGAAUUUCUGGGGAACUUGAGUGGUGAACCAUACACUCUGCACACGAAUGUAUUCACGCAAGGGAAAGGCAACAGAGAACAACAGUUCCAUCUAUGGUUCGACCCCACCAAGGACUUCCAUACUUAUUCUCUUCUUUGGAAUCCUCAAAGCAUCAUAUUCUCUGUGGACGGCACACCAAUAAGGGAGUUCAAGAAUUGGGAAUCAAAAGGAGUUCCAUUUCCUAAGAAUCAAGCAAUGAGGAUAUACUCAAGUCUAUGGGACGCAGAAGAUUGGGCCACAAGGGGUGGGCUUGUGAAGACUGAUUGGACCCAAGCCCCAUUCACAGCCUCAUACAAAGGCUUCAAUGCACAAGCUUGUGUUUGGAGCUCUUCUUCAGGCUCCUCUUGUUCUUCAAAACAAGGCCAAUCAUGGUUCACUCAGUCACUUGACUCAACUGGGCAAGCAAGAAUCCAGUGGGUUCAGAAGAACUACAUGAUCUACAAUUACUGCACUGAUACCAAACGAUUCCCACAAGGCCUUCCUCCUGAAUGCACCCUUGCAUGAUCAACACGUUUCUUAUCAUUUCUUUGCCCUGUCUUGUAUAAAUUGAAUAAACAAACAAAAACCUAGGAUCUUCCGUUUAUAUUUUAUAUAUACUUUAUUUAUUAGGCAUUCUACUCUCUGCAAUCCAGAUUCGUUGUAAUUUUUGGUUAUGAAUAAUAAACUUGUUUAGAUUGUUAAACAACAUUAUAAAAGAAA